AUGGAAUUGGAAGGCAACACUAAAUUCAAUGAGUACGAGGAGAAAAUCAGAAAUCAUUAAGACAAUUGUCACAAUUACCAUCAAGAUAAAUUGCAUUAGAAAAAGGAAUCAGAUGCUUAAUUUUUAAUUGCUCAAAAUCCACUCAUAAUGAGAAAUCUCUUGAUCAUAAUAGACAUAACCAGAUCAUCUAAAAUAAGUGAUUUCAAACCAAGUCGUUUGGCAGUGGCUUUACAAUUUUUGCCUGCAUUCAUUGAGUAAUUUCUGGAGUGCAAUCCCCUAUCUUAGAUAGGCAUAGCAGUUGCAGAAGAAUAUAGAUGCAAAACCAUUUUGGAUUUUACAUCCUCUUGGGUGAACAUAAAAUAAUAUUUGUCAACAAUCCAUUCAAUAAAUGAAGCAGGAUUUUCGAUGGCAGCCUGUUUAUAAACAGCCUUACACGUUUUUUCUACUACAUAAUUGCAUGCCUAAUCAAGUAUCCUGGUUGUAACUACCUCGACAUAUUCAGACGAUAAGCUUGACUUAAAUGAAUGGAGUGAGAGAUGCCAAUCUGCAGCUAUUCAAAUAAAUGUGAUCUCCUUUACAGGAUCUAUCAAUCAAUUAAUUAAAAUAACAUAAGCAACUGAUGGUUAAUACCUAUGUCCCUUAAAUGAAUUUCAGUUUAGCUAAGAAAUUUAGAAAUUUGUUUCACCAUAGGAAUCAAAGAACCAUAAGAUGAUUACUUAGUUGGUAAAGAUUGGAUUCCCAUAGAAAUUAAUAGUUAGUCAACCGACUUUAUGCUAAUGUCAUUUAGAAAUAGUAUACAAUUUUUAUAAAUGUCCGGUAUGUUAUAGUAAAGUUUGUUCUCCUCCUCUUUUAUGUCCGAUCUGUUCGACUUGGAUAGUACUACCACACUAGAUUCUCAGAAGUGACGGUUACAAUACUUUGGGAGUAUUUGAGAUAACGAAUGAUGGGUUAGAUCAUGUAUGUAGUGGGUGUUUGGAACCCACUACUGUUAUCCAUUCUACUUGUGAGAGAUGCAAGAACUUUUUCUGUUUAGAUUGUGAUAUUCUAAUCCAUUCUAAAUUUAAGGUAUGUCCAGGAUGUGCUUGA